GACGACUGCGCCACAAUUUUAGGAGCAAUGCAAUGACGCCGCACGCUUAUUGAUUACCGCCUUGUAUGUUUCAUUCAUUAAUACUAUCUCACUCACUCACUCACUCACUCUCGCUCUCUCUUCCUUUCCUAUUUUCUUUCAUCAACGUUGGAUAUAAAAUCCCUCCUAAAUCAUCUUUCUUUUCCUAUCAAAACCCUUUUCAAUACCACAACACCCAAUAUUGAAAACGCAAACGAUCGAGAAGCUAUAUCAGCUAAAGUCGGCAUUAUGGGAAUGCUUUCAAGAGAAAUGCUCCCAACUAUGGGGCUGGCGAAAAGAGGUCUUGAUGCUUUCCGGGGCACAGAGACACCAACUGAAGAAUUCCAAAUGCCAGUCUGGGGCGUUAUGAUGAUCGCAAGUACUGUUGUGGUUUUCAUGAUCAUGGAUUUUAUGGUUGAAUAUACCUUCACCAGACUCAUUCCUACCCUUCUUAUGGUCGAAUCUCCUCAGGCAAUCUUAUUCGAACCUCUCACAUCUGAAGAUCCCGAUGCGAAGCUCGACCACAAAGGAGAUGCUGAACCGGAACUCUUACUUGUAAAGCAGAAACCCAUUACCUCGAGCUUCAAAUCAACAAUCAAGCACCUUCGCGCCCGCGCCGGAAAGCAAAGUCAUCUACGUGGUGUUGGAAUGCACUUCGUCAAAACCUUUGUCUUGGCUCUACAAAUGAACUUCUUCUCUAUUUUCCUCCCCAGCAUCUUCGCUUAUCCUCUCGCGAAUAUCCUUUGCGCACCUUUCAGUUUGGCAUGGACACACAUUGUUAUCUCAGACCCAAGCCCACUUCCAUGGUUCAAGAGAAUGCCAGAUGUUGCAACUAUUAAGAAAGUUAUCCCGGCAACAGUUGUCUUUGCCCUCGCCAAGCAAGCCGCCAUCUUCCUUCCAGGCUACCUUGCUUUCUCAAUCGGUCUCUUUGAAUCCUUGGAGAAUGAACCUUCAAAGAUGACCCCACAACAAGUCUCAGCUAUGGGUAUCCAAACAGCUUCCGUCAUCAUUCUAGCCGGUGCCCUUGCUUUCCUUGUUCUCAUCCCAGCAAGUGUCAGCCUUGUUCGUGUUCAAGCUUCUCUCCUUUCCGAAGAUCAUGAAUCUAUCGUACCAUUCGAUCGUACUUUUGGUGGACGUGUUUCUGAAGAUGGUGUCUUGAGCACUCUUGAUGCAUGGAAAAGUUUUGACUGCAGCUCGCGUGUUAGACUUCUGAAGGCGUAUGUAAAGGCUGCUGCUGUGGAAAUUGCCGUCGCAACUUUCUUCACCGUCAUUCUAUGCGCAGAAGUUUUCAUGGUCCUUGGUGCCGAUCACAAGAAGGUUAUCAUUGGAACAGGCAGCAAUGGAGCACCUAUUCAAUUCGAGAUGUAAGAGAUAGAUACUCUUCACAUGAACAGCUUUAACCGAUCUCAAUCCUGUAUUAUCUGGUGGGAAGUGAUACUCUCAAUGAGAUGUUGAUCCCAAAUUUUCAUUAUUCAUGGGGAGUAACGGAAAGAGGUUGGAUAAGGGGUAAACUUUCGUGCUACAGUUGCUUCCCCAUACACUACAUUACUUCACACAUAUUUAUGACUUGUUAGCGAAUGAAAUUGAUACUCACUUGUGCUACUAUAAUGAAUGUUCUUGAUUCCA